AUCUUUUUAAAUGAGCUUUAUUAACCAGGUCAUUGUGACUAGUAACUAACAAGUUAAAGGUGAACAGAAGUCCAGUGUUAUUGGAACACUGCAGCUUUGUGUACGAGUCUAUAAGAGCUAGAGAAUUAUAUAUAUAUUUAAAUAUCUUUAUCUGUUUAUCUACACAUAUGGGUGCUAAAAGUUUUAUAGUUUUUUAAUUAUAUCAUAAAAAAUUCUAAAAGAAAAAUAGAAAAUUUUAGAAAUAGAGAGUUAAGCAAACCAAAUUUGCAUUGGUGGAACGUCAGGGGUCAAAGGUGAAGCACAUAGACGCGGUACAGGAAGAAGUUUGAACAUGGCGGAUAAAGAGAAGAAGAAGAAGGAGAGUAUAUUUGACUUGACAAAGUACAUCGACAAAACCAUUAGAGUAAAAUUCCAGGGUGGACGUGAAGCGAGCGGCGUCCUGAAAGGGUUUGAUCCUCUGCUGAACCUGGUGUUAGACGGCACAAUUGAGUACAUGCGUGACCCAGACGAUCAGUAUAAACUGACGGAGGACACCAGGCAGCUUGGCCUCGUCGUGUGUCGAGGGACGGCUGUUGUCCUCAUCUGUCCUCAAGACGGCAUGGAGGCCAUCCCCAACCCCUUCAUACAGCAGCAGGAUGGCUAGCAUGCACACACAGGGAUUGUGUCUGUUUUCUACAAGGAGAUUCAGUUGGGCAAACAUUUGUGUUGCAUCCAAAUUUGUGGAUGUCGUUUGUCAUCAUGUGUAAGUGUUUUGUUUUUUUGUUUUUUUCCUGGUUGUAACUUCACUCAGGAGAUCUUUUCGUUUGUUUUCUAAAUAUGGUUUUGAAUUAAGCUGUAAGUCGAGUGAUCUCAUUAUGUAUGAUGGCACUUUAGUGCUAACUUUAUUUUUACUUAUUUUAAUAUUAUAAUUAAAUCGGACAUUCAUAAGA